AUGGCGACAAUGACGUUGUCGGUGCCUGGGCGGAAGACGGCCUCUAGGCCCGGACCAGUGCCCGAGGCAGCCCAGCCAUACCUGUUUGCACCCAACACACCGGGUGUAGGUGGCGGCCCCGGAGGCUCAGGUGCCUCCCCGCAAGUAGAGUGGACGGCCAGGCGCCUGGUGUGGGUGCCCUCGGAGCUGCACGGGUUCGAGGCCGCGGCACUGCGGGAUGAGGGUGAGGAGGAGGCUGAGGUGGAGCUGGCGGAGAGUGGCCGGCGUCUGCGGCUGCCGCGGGACCAGAUCCAGCGCAUGAACCCGCCUAAGUUCAGCAAGGCGGAGGACAUGGCUGAGUUGACCUGCCUGAACGAGGCCUCGGUGCUGCACAACCUCCGUGAGCGCUACUACUCCGGCCUCAUCUACACAUACUCCGGUCUUUUCUGUGUGGUCAUCAACCCGUACAAGCAGCUCCCCAUCUACACGGAGGCCAUCGUGGAGAUGUACCGGGGCAAGAAGCGCCACGAGGUGCCACCCCACGUGUACGCUGUGACCGAGGGGGCCUAUCGAAGCAUGCUGCAGGAUCGCGAGGACCAGUCCAUUCUCUGCACUGGGGAGUCUGGAGCCGGAAAGACGGAGAACACCAAGAAGGUCAUCCAGUACCUGGCCCACGUGGCAUCGUCCCCAAAAGGCAGGAAGGAGCCAGGGGUCCCGGCCUCCACCAGCACCAUGUCCUAUGGGGAGCUGGAGCGGCAGCUGUUGCAGGCCAACCCCAUCCUGGAAGCCUUCGGCAACGCCAAGACAGUCAAGAAUGACAAUUCCUCCCGAUUCGGCAAAUUCAUCCGCAUCAACUUCGACGUGGCCGGCUACAUUGUGGGCGCCAACAUCGAGACCUACCUGCUGGAGAAGUCACGUGCCAUCCGUCAAGCCAAAGAUGAGUGCAGCUUCCACAUCUUCUACCAGCUGCUCGGGGGCGCCGGGGAGCAGCUCAAAGCCGACCUCCUCCUGGAGCCCUACUCCCACUAUCGCUUCCUGACCAACGGGCCGUCGUCCUCCCCCGGCCAGGAGCGGGAGCUCUUCCAGGAGACGCUGGAGUCGCUGCGGGUGCUGGGGUUCAGCCACGAGGAGAUCACCUCCAUGCUGCGGAUGGUCUCAGCCGUCCUCCAGUUCGGCAAUGUCGUCCUGAAGCAGGAGCGAAACACCGACCAGGCCACCAUGCCUGACAACACAGCUGCGCAGAAGCUGUGCCGCCUGCUGGGCCUGGGCGUGACUGACUUCUCCCGGGCGCUGCUCACGCCCCGCAUCAAGGUGGGCCGGGACUACGUGCAGAAGGCCCAGACCAAGGAGCAGGCUGACUUCGCACUGGAGGCUUUGGCCAAGGCCACCUACGAGCGCCUCUUCCGCUGGCUGGUCCUGCGCCUCAACCGGGCCCUGGAUCGCAGUCCCCGCCAGGGCGCCUCCUUCCUGGGCAUCCUGGACAUUGCUGGCUUCGAGAUCUUCCAGCUGAACUCCUUCGAGCAGCUGUGCAUCAACUACACCAAUGAGAAGCUGCAGCAGCUCUUCAACCACACCAUGUUCGUGCUGGAGCAGGAGGAGUACCAGCGCGAGGGCAUCCCCUGGACUUUCCUCGACUUCGGCCUUGACCUGCAGCCCUGCAUCGACCUCAUCGAGCGCCCGGCCAACCCCCCUGGGCUCCUGGCCCUGCUGGACGAGGAGUGCUGGUUCCCCAAGGCCACGGACAAGUCCUUCGUGGAGAAGGUGGCCCAGGAGCAGGGCAGCCACCCCAAGUUCCAGCGGCCACGGCAGCUGCGGGAUCAGGCAGACUUCAGCGUCCUGCACUACGCGGGCAAGGUGGACUACAAGGCCAACGAGUGGCUGAUGAAGAACAUGGACCCCCUGAACGACAACGUGGCCGGCCUGCUUCACCAGAGCACGGACCGGAUGACUGCUGAGAUCUGGAAGGACGCACAUGGGGCCUUCCAGCCGCUCUCCUUGCUUGGCGCCUUCCCGCCGGCGCCCCCAGGAGCCGCUCCCGCAGGGGUGGAAGGCAUCGUGGGGCUGGAGCAGGUGAGCAGCCUGGGUGACGGCCCCCCCGGCGGCCGCCCCCGCCGCGGCAUGUUCCGGACCGUGGGCCAGCUCUACAAGGAGUCCCUGAGCCGCCUCAUGGCCACGCUCAGCAACACCAACCCCAGCUUCGUCCGCUGCAUCGUCCCUAACCACGAGAAGAGGUCCGGGAAGCUGGAGCCGAAGCUGGUGCUAGACCAGCUGCGCUGCAACGGUGUCCUGGAGGGCAUCCGCAUCUGCCGCCAGGGUUUCCCCAACCGCAUCCUCUUCCAGGAAUUCCGGCAGCGGUACGAGAUCCUGACCCCCAAUGCCAUCCCCAAGGGCUUCAUGGAUGGGAAGCAGGCCUGUGAGAAGAUGAUCCAGGCCCUGGAACUGGACCCCAACCUGUACCGCGUGGGACAGAGCAAGAUCUUUUUCCGGGCGGGGGUGCUGGCGCAGCUGGAAGAGGAGCGGGACCUGAAGGUCACAGAUAUCAUCGUGUCCUUCCAGGCAGCUGCCCGGGGAUAUCUGGCUCGCAGGGCCUUUCAGAAGCGACAGCAGCAGCAGAGCGCCUUGCGGGUGAUGCAGCGUAACUGUGCCGCGUACCUCAAGCUGCGGCACUGGCAGUGGUGGCGGCUCUUCACCAAGGUGAAGCCGCUGCUACAGGUGACGCGGCAGGACGAGGUGCUGCAGGCCCGGGUGCAGGAGCUGCAGAAAGUGCAGGAGCUGCAACAACAGAGUGCCCGCGAGGUGGGCGAGCUCCAGGUCCGCGUGGCUCAGCUGGAGGAGGAGCGCACCCGCCUGGCGGAACAACUGCGAGCAGAGGCAGAGCUGUGCACUGAGGCGGAGGAGACACGGGGGCGGCUGGCAACCCGCAAGCAGGAGCUGGAGCUGAUAGUGUCGGAGCUGGAGGCCCGUGUGGGCGAGGAAGAGGAGUGCAGCCGCCAGCUGCAGACGGAGAAGAAGCGGCUGCAGCAGCACAUCCAGGAGCUGGAGACCCACUUGGAGGCCGAGGAGGGGGCGCGGCAGAAGCUGCAGCUGGAGAAGGUGACGACCGAGGCGAGGCUGAAGAAGUUCCAGGAGGACCUGGUGCUGCUGGAGGACCAGAACACCAAGCUGAGCAAGGAGCGGAAGCUGCUGGAGGAGCGGCUGGCCGAGUUCUCGUCCCAGGCGGCCGAGGAGGAGGAGAAGAUCAAGAGCCUCACGAAGCUGAGGCUCAAGUAUGAGGCCACCAUCGCCGACAUGGAAGACCGCCUGCGGAAGGAGGAGAAGGGCCGCCAGGAGCUGGAGAAGCUGAAGCGGCGGAUGGACGGGGAGAGCUCGGAGCUGCAGGAGCAGGUGCUGGAGCAGCAGCAGAAGGCGGAGGAGCUGCGCAUCCAGCUGGGCCGCAAGGAGGAGGAGCUACAGGCGGCGCUGGCCAGGGCCGAGGACGAGGGCGGGGCCCGGGCCCAGCUGCUCAAAUCCCUGCGGGAGGCCCAGGCUGGCCUGGCCGAGGCCCAGGAGGACCUGGAGGCUGAGCGGGCGGCCAGGGCCAAGGCAGAGAAGCAGCGCCGGGACCUGGGCGAGGAGCUGGAGGCGCUGCGGGGGGAGCUGGAGGACACGCUGGACUCUACCAACGCACAGCAGGAGCUCCGGACCAAGAGGGAGCAGGAGGUUACAGAGCUCAAGAAGACGCUGGAGGAGGAGACGCGAGUUCACGAGGUGGCAGUGCAGGAGCUGAGGCAGCGGCACAGCCAGGCACUGGGGGAGCUGACGGAGCAGCUGGAGCAAGCCCGCAGGGGCAAAGGGGCCUGGGAAAAGACACGGCUGGCCCUGGAGGCCGAGGUGUCGGAGCUGCGGACAGAGCUGAGCAACCUGCAGAGUGCGCGGCAGGAGGGAGAGCAGCGACGGCGCCGCCUGGAGUCCCAGCUGCAGGAGGCACAGGGCCGGGCUGGCGACGGAGAGCGGGCCCGCCUGGAGGCUGCCGAGAAGCUGCAGCGAACACAGGCUGAACUCGAGACCAUGUCCGGCGCCCUGAGCGAGGCUGAAUCCAAAGCCAUCAGGCUGGGCAAGGAGCUGAGCAGCACAGAAGCCCAACUGCAUGAUGCCCAGGAGCUGAUGCAGGAGGAGACGAGAGCCAAGCUGGCCCUGGGCUCCCGGGUUCGAGCCAUGGAGGCCGAAGCAGCCGGGCUGCGGGAGCAGCUGGAGGAGGAGGUGGCUGCCAGGGAGCGGGUGGCCCGGGAGCUGCAGGCUGCCCAGGUCCAGCUCACAGACUGGCGGCGGCGCCAGGAGGAGGAGGCUUCUGCCCUGGAAGCAGGGGAGGAAGCCCGGCGCAAGGCAGCCCGCGAGGCAGAGACCCUGGCCCAGCGCCUGACGGAGAAGACGGAGGCCGUGGAGCGGCUAGAGCGGGGGCGGCGCCGGCUGCAGCAGGAGUUGGACGACGCCACUGUGGACCUGGAGCAGCAGCGGCAGCUCGUGAGCACACUGGAGAAGAAGCAGCGCAAAUUCGACCAGCUCCUGGCGGAGGAGAAGGCGGCUGUGCUGCGAGUGGUGGAGGAACGAGAGCGGGUGGAGGCGGAGGGCCGGGAGCGCGAGGCCCGGGCCCUGGCCCUGACGCGGGCGCUGGAGGAGGAGCAGGAGGCCCGCGAGGAGCUGGAGCGCCAGAACCGGGCGCUGCGGGCGGAGCUGGAGGCGCUGCUGAGCAGCAAGGACGACGUGGGCCAGAGCGUGCAUGAGCUGGAGCGAGCCCGCCGCAUGGCAGAACAGGCAACCAACGACUUAAGAACUCAGGUGACAGAGCUGGAGGAUGAGCUGACUGCGGCUGAGGAUGCCAAACUGCGCCUGGAGGUGACGGUACAGGCGCUGAAGGCGCAGCACGAGCGGGACCUGCAGGGUCGUGAUGAGGCUGGCGAGGAGAGACGGAGACAACUGGCCAAGCAGCUGCGAGACGCCGAGGUGGAGAGGGACGAGGAGCGCAAGCAGCGGGCCUUAGCGGUGGCCGCCCGCAAGAAGCUGGAGGCUGAGCUGGAGGAGCUGAAGGCUCAGACGGAGUCCGCAGGGCAGGGCAAGGAGGAGGCGGUGAAGCAGCUGCGGAAGAUGCAGACCCAGAUGAAGGAGCUGUGGCGCGAGGUGGAGGAGACCCGCACCUCCCGGGAGGAGAUCUUCGUUCAGAGCCGCGAAAGUGAGAAGCGCCUCAAGUGGCUGGAGGCGGAGGUGCUGCGGCUGCAGGAGGAGCUGGCCGCCUCUGACAGAGCCCGGCGGCAGGCCCAGCAGGACCGGGAUGAGAUGGCCGAUGAGGUAGCCAAUGGCAACCUGAGCAAGGCAGCCAUUCUGGAGGAGAAGCGCCAGCUGGAGGGGCGCCUGGGGCAGCUGGAGGAGGAGCUGGAGGAGGAGCAGAGCAGUGGGGAGCUGCUCAACGACCGCUACCGCAAGCUGGUCCUGCAGGUGGAGACACUGACCACAGAGUUGUCAGCUGAACGCAGCUUCUCGGCCAAGGCUGAGAGUGCGCGGCAGCAGCUGGAGAGACAAAUCCAGGAGCUCCGGGGACGGCUGGGUGAAGAGGACGCGGGGGCCCGGGCACGCCAGAAGAUGGUGAUCGCUGCCCUCGAAUCCAAGCUGGCCCAGGCUGAAGAGCAGCUGGAGCAGGAGAGCAGGGAGCGCAUCCUGUCAGGGAAGCUGGUGCGCAGGGCCGAGAAGCGGCUCAAGGAAGUGGUUCUGCAGGUGGAGGAGGAGAGGAGGGUGGCUGACCAGCUCCGGGACCAGCUGGAGAAAGGCAACCUUCGAGUGAAGCAGCUGAAGCGGCAGCUGGAGGAAGCCGAGGAGGAGGCAUCCCGGGCCCACGCUGGCCGCCGGAGGUUGCAGCGAGAACUGGAGGACGUCACAGAGUCGGCUGAGUCCAUGAACCGCGAGGUUACCACGCUGAGGAACCGGCUGCGGCGCGGCCCCCUCACCUUCACCACCCGCACAGUGCGCCAGGUCUUUCGGCUGGAGGAGGGUGUGGUAUCUGACGAGGAGGCUGAGGAAGCUGAGCCGGGGUCUGGGCAGCCGGGCCCAGAGUCUGAGGGGCCCUCACCAGCCCAGCCCCAGUGACCCAGCUGCACUGAAGGACAGGUCUGACCCCUCUCUUGAGCCCCUUCCCACCCCACCUGGCCCUGGACCUGCACUUUGGCAUUUGUCCACUCAACCUGAGGCCUUCAAUGACCCCCAAACUGAGGAGAGGGGCCUCCAAGAGGCAAGGACCGGGCUCGCUCUCUCAAGGGGAAGUUGAGGGUCCCAUGUGCAUCCCACCCUGCCUUCAGGUGUUAAGGAGGGCAGUCAGGUACUCCCUGCCCUCCAGGCCUGGGGCUUCCCCUUCCUCAGCCUCCCUCUCCCCUUGCCCUACUUCCUGGCUGCUGCUCGACGGCUGGUAGAGGCACCUCUUGGCUCUGGCAGAAAUAAA